AUGCCUGUAGGUUUAUUGGAUUUACGAGAAUCAAGCAAGAAGCCAGUAUGCAUGUCUCUAUUCAGUAUUAUCAUCGCUGCACGAAUUAUCUUCGUACAAUCAUUAGGAAUAUUUACCGAACAAGAAUGCCUAUUUGACCCAACGCCACACUCCAAAUGGAAAGCAUGCAGUUGCGAAAAUUUUGAUGGUGAAGGUAACAUCCACGUAAAAUGUAACCGUCAACCAUGGACAAUCAUACCAACCAUUCCAUAUGAUAACCGAUCACUUUUCUCUCAUAAUGAUACGGUUUACAACAUUGUUGCACUAUCAGUUAAGCAUAGUAGUGUGACGUUUAUCAAACAGGAUGCACUAAAACAUCACAACAUUCAAAUACUCGACCUCACCAAUAAUCACAUCGAAGCAAUCAACGUUAACGCAUUUCGCGGUCUUGAGAACAAACUUUAUCAAUUAACGUUGAAUCAGAAUAGCCUAACGUCAAUACCAUCCUCGGCGAUGACCUACCUUUACCAGCUACGGUAUCUGCACUUGGUUCAUAAUAUGAUAUCCGAAAUUAAAUCAGAUACAUUCGAUGAAACUCAACUCAAAAAUCUUCAUUACUUACACCUCGACUAUAAUCAGAUAAGUAUGCUACCGAAAAAAUCGCUUUUACGAUUGCCACUACAAGUGCUGACGCUUUCAAAUAAUCGGAUCAUUGAGAUUGAAAAAUUAGCACUACCAACGACAAUUUGGUUCUUGGACUUGAAAAGCAAUCUCAUUCCCGAGAUACCAUAUCUCGCGCUACGAGAGUUGAAACAACUACGCACUUUAGACUUGGAAAGUAAUAAUAUCACUGAAGUGACUAACAACCCCGAAGUGAAAUUUAUUUCGGAAAUAGAUCUAAAACUAAGCAAUAAUCGAAUCAGACAUAUUAAAGACAACGCUUUUGAUAGCUUUCAAAAGUUUGGUCGAUUAGAUUUAAGCUAUAACCAGAUUUCAACAAUAUCUGAAGCUGCCUUCAAUUCAAUCAGUCAAAUACGACAAAUCGACUUAAGCUAUAACAGAAUAGUACGUAUACCAGUGGAUACAUUCAAAAAUGUGGCCAAAUCGUUGAAAUGGAUAAAUUUGGAAGAGAAUCAAUUACAUCAACUACCAAAUGCUUUGCAGCCGUUACGGACACUAGAGAUUCUCAAUAUGAAUGGCAAUAAAUUGACUGCAUUGGAUACCAAUACAAUUAAUAACGUGAAACCAGUUUUAACCGAGCUUCUGCUAGCAUUUAAUCGGCUAAUCGAGAUACCAAGUCAAGUACUGAAUGGGAUGAGUCGAUUACGACAUCUCGAUUUGUCAAAGAAUAGGAUUCGAUAUGUGCGACGCUUAGCUUUCGGAAAACUUGAUGGUACUGGAACAAAUUUACUGAAGUUGAAUCUGGCUGGAAAUUUGAUUGAAAAUAUUACUGACUCUGGUGCUUUUCUCUACAUGAGUUCACUCGUAUACUUGGAUUUGUCGCACAACCGCAUCAACUACCUUAAUGAUAAUGCCUUUGAACGACUCGAAGGUGUCGAGUCGGUGUCGAGUCCCUCUUUCUACAGGUAA